GAUGUCCUCUCUUGUCCUCAAUCUUCUCCUCCAGUGUUUAUCUGUCUUUACCUCUCUUGCAAGUGGCCAUGCUGGAGAACAGGACAAAGGAAGAGGCAGCUCUGUGGCAGUGGAAGAUACUCACCUUGACCGAAAUCUUCAGAGACCUACAGAUUGGCAAAGUUCUGAAUUGCAGCAUCUGCAAAAUCCAGUGGAUGCAACUAAGCAAGAAAUGCUACUUCUUCCGGGACAGAGAAAUGAACUGGUAUUCAAGCCAGGCCUUCUGCCAGGAGGAGAACGCUGAUCUGAUGGUGGUCACGAGCAAGAAAGAGAUGCAGUUCCUGAAGUUUCAUGCCUCUAUGCAGUAUUACCUGGAUCCGAAGAGGUAUCAAUACGACAAAUUCUGGAUUGGUUUGGCCUACGAUAUCGUGGAAAGGAGAUGGCUGUGGAUAGACGGAACCGCCUUCAAGCCCAGUCGACACGGGGCAUUGGGGGAUCAUGGCUGCGCCUACGUCCAGAACGAAAGCCUUCACUCCCAGCCUUGCGGUGACCUAGCCAAAAGCAUCUGUGAGACCGCGGUCCAGUUUGGAUGGAGCAUAUAG